AUGGACGUGGACAUGGACGUGGACGUGGACGUGGACGUGGACAUGGACGUGGACGUGGACGUGGACAUGGACGUGGACGUGGACGUGGACGUGGACGUGGAGGACGUGGACGUGGACGUGGAGGACGUGGACGUGGACGUGGACGUGGACGUGGACGUGGACGUGGAGAACUUGGACGUGGACAUGGACGUGAACGUGGACGUGGACGUGGAGGACUUGGACGUGGACAUGGACGUGGACGUGGAGUGGACGUGGACGUGGACGUGGACUGGACGUGGAGUGGACGUGGACGUGGACAUGGACGUGGACGUGGACGUGGAUGUGGACGUGGACGUGGACGUGGACGUGGAUGUGGACGUGGACGUGGAGGACGUGGACGUGGACGUGGACGUGGACGUGGACGUGGAGGACGUGGACGUGGACGUGGACGUGGAGAACUUGGACGUGGACAUGGACGUGAACGUGGACGUGGACGUGGACGUGGAGGACUUGGACGUGGACAUGGACGUGGACGUGGACGUGGACAUGGACGUGGACGUGGACGUGGACGUGGACGUGGACAUGGACGUGGACGUGGACGUGGACGUGGACGUGGACGUGGACCUGGACAUGGACGUGGACGUGGACGUGGACGUGGACAUGGACGUGGACGUAGACGUAGACGUGGACGUGGACGUGGACAUGGACGUGGACGUGGACGUGGACGUGGACGUGGAGGACGUGGACGUGGACGUGGACGUGGACGUGGACGUGGAGAACUUGGACGUGGACAUGGACGUGAACGUGGACGUGGACGUGGAGGACUUGGACGUGGACAUGGACGUGGACGUGGAGUGGACGUGGACGUGGACGUGGACGUUGAUGUGA